AUGGCUCUGAACAAGAUUCAAGUGAUCAAAGGUCUUGAGGAUGCGACGGUGUGUGAAAAGGAAGCCUGGACCUUCGAGGUGACUCUGAGUCACGCGUAUGUCCGGGGCACGUGGACGAGGAACGGGCUGGCGCUCAAAUCCAAGCCCACGUGUCACAUCACAAUGCAGGGGAAGAGACACACUCUGAGUCUCACACGCGUCUCGCUGUUAGACAUGGGACGGAUCGGCUUUCGGGCGGAGGGAGUGGAGACCUCCGCCAAUCUCACCGUCACAGCCAGAGACAUCCAGAUCUUGAAACAUCUUCAGGAUGUCAGCGUGAAGGAAAGGGAUAGUGUGAAGUUUAUGUGUGAGGUAAACCUGGAGGACAUGGAUGGAAAAUGGUUCAAGAACAGCAGCAGGAUAAAAAAUGGGGAUGACGUUAAAAUUAGACAAGAAGGUAGAACUCACACGCUGACCUUCAAAGCCGUCAAGCCAGGAGAUGCCGGUGAAAUCACCUUCACGGCUGAGCGAGUUUCAUCAACAGCCAUGCUAAGAGUGAAAGAGCUUCCAGUUCAGAUUGUAAAACCCCUGCGAGUGAAGAUUGCCAUGUACCGACACCGGGCACUGCUGGAGUGCCAGGUCUCCCGCGCUAACGCUGAGGUCACAUGGUACAAACGGAGCAGAGAAAUUACACCCAAUGGGAAGUACCAGGUCAUUAGUGACGGUCUUUACAGGCAGCUGACCAUUGAAGAAGUGGGCUCGUCAGACGAGGACACCUUCAUCUGUGAUGCUGGCGACAAUAAGACUUCUUGCCAACUGUUUGUAGAGGAGCAGGCUAUCAGCAUUGUCCGUGGACUGAGCUCAGUCGAAGUGAUGGAGCCUAAGGAGGCUCGUUUCAGAGUGGAGACAAGCAUUAAAGCCGAACGAGCCCCUAAAUGGACUUUGAAUGGAGAGCUGCUAAGCCCUGGCCCCGAAUUAAGGAUCGAGAAAGAAGGAACAUCACACCGACUCAGUUUCACCAACACCAACAGCAGCAUGUCUGGCACCAUUCAGUUCAGCUCGGGGAAGAGCAGGUCAACCGCUCAGCUUACUGUUACAGAACGCCCCUUGGUGGUCACCCAGCCCAUUUCAGAUAUGGAUGUUAAAGAGAACUGCUUGGUGACUCUCAGGUGUGAGUUUUGUCCUUCACCAAGAGUAGUACGCUGGUUCAAGGGUAGAACACCAUUGUUGGCCUCAAGCAAGUACACCAUGAAGCAGGAGAAGAACUGUGUCGAGAUGACCAUCAUGAAUGUGAAGGCUGCAGAUGCAGGGGAAUAUCGUUGCCUGGCUGGUGGAGCUGAAAGCAGGGGUCGAGUCAAUGUAGAAGUGAAACGGCUGAAGAUCACACGGCAUCUGGAACAUGUAGAGGUAGAAGAAGACGGAACAGCAGUGUUUUCCUGUGAGCUAAACCAUGAGGCACCAAAUGUCCAGUGGCUUCUCAAUGAAAGGGUGAUUCAUGCCAGUCAUAUAAACAAGAUCCAGAACUCAGGCAAAAUGUACACUCUGGUCCUGAAAAGGCUUACACCGCAAGAGAGCAGGGUGACUUUCAAGACUGUCAGCAUUAGCGAGUCCACCAUACUCAGGGUCAAAGAAAGGCCAGCAGUGUUUCUUAGACCUUUAGAAGAUGUUAUGGCUGAGGAACGUGGCAAAGUUUGCUUACAGUGUGAAGUCUCCAAGCAAGCAGUAACCCCUGUUUGGAGGAAAGAUGGUACGGUCCUAAAUGCCAGUGAGAAACAUGAAAUUCUUCAGCUGGAAAAGUCAUUAUCUCUGAUCAUUCACAAGCUCAGGAAAGAUGAUACUGGGGAAUAUUCUUGUGAUGUAGGGACUAGUCAAACAAAAGCCAAGGUUGUUGUUCGUGAUCUGCACAUCACCAUUGUCAAACGCUUGCGGACAAUUUCACUCUUUGAGGGGGAGUAUUGCACUUUUGAAUGUACUCUAUCACAUGACAUCAUUGAUGAACCCUCAUGGACACUGAAUGGCCAGCUGAUCAUAAGCAAUGAUCGAAUACAAAUUACAAACCAGGGGAGCAAAUAUACCAUGAACAUCCAAGAGGUUAUGAUUACUGAUGCUGGGGAAGUGGUCUUCACUAUUAAGGAUCUCAGUUGCAGGACAAUGCUGUUCGUCAAAGAGAAGCCAAUACGGGUGUUCAGAGACAUGCUAAAUGUUAAGGCAGUACCCGGAGAAGAUCCAGAGCUUAGCUGUGAGAUUACCAAACCUGAGGUGACCAUCAAGUGGUUGAAAAAUGGGCGGUUGAUCAGAUCUAAUUCUAAGUAUGAAAUGAUCCAGAAAGGCUAUUUGGUUACACUAAUAAUCCAUAACGUGACUGUAAAGGACUCUGGAGAGUACUGCUGUGAGGCUGAUGGAAUUGCCACUAGGGCAAGGUUAGAGGUAAGAGACUUUCAGCACACAUUUGCUACAGAGCUUAGAGAUGUAACUGCAGAAGAAAAGAGUGUGGUAGUCUUGGAGUGUGAGACCAAAAGACCUGCCACUAAGGUGACCUGGUUAAAAGGCAUGGUGGUGCUUAAAUCAGGUCAGAAGUACCUGAUGUUGAAGAAAGGUAUCAUUCUUUCACUCACUAUAUUCAACCUUGAGAAGAGUGACAGUGAUUUGUACACGUGUGAUGUUGGGACGAUGCAGAGCAGGGCAUUACUUACAGUACAAGGUCAAAAAGUGCUUAUCCUGGAUGAACUAGAGGAUGUUGAAUGUCUGGAAGGGGACACUGCCAUAUUCAAGUGUCGUAUCUGUCCAAGUGACUUCACCGAGGUGAAAUGGUAUCUUGACGAGACUCUGCUCUAUACUAAUGAUUUAAACGAGAUCCAAAUGAUCUAUGGUGGCUACCACACUCUUACCAUCAAACAGCUUGCACGCAAAGACACAGGAACAAUUUCUUUUGAAGCUGGGGACAAGAGAUCUUACGCCUCACUGCUAGUAAGAGCUGUGCCUGCUGAGUUUACAAGGCAGCUUCAUAGUCAGGAAGCUGACGAGGGAAGUAGUGUGACACUGUCCUGUGAAUUCUCUGUACCUGGUGUCCAGUACUUUUGGCGUAAAGGAGCAGAGACUCUCAGAAACCAGCGGUCCAUGGCUACGGUGACAGUCCAUGCUAUUCCCAUAACUUUCAUCAAAGAACUUAAAAAUCAAGAAUCAGAGGAGGGCAUGGCCAUGACGUUACGCUGUGAGCUCUCCAAAGCUGGAGUACCAGUGGAGUGGAUGAGGAAUGAGGAAGUGCUCAGCCCUGGGAUGAAGUAUCAUAUGCGACAAAUAAUAUCCAUACAGGAGCUGGUAAUUAGGAAUCCAGUACCAGAGGACAGUGGAACCUACAGCUGUGUGUGUGCUGACCAAAAGCAACCAGUCAGUUUCACAGAGAAGCUAACAAACCUGGUUGCUGAGGAGGGCAAGACCGUGACCUUGCACUGUGAACUGUCCAAAUCUGGUGUUCCAGUGGAAUGGUGGAAUGGGGAAGAGCUUCUCCAACCUGGAAAAAAAUAUCAGAUGAGAGAAAGAGAUGCAUCACAUGAGCUUAUCAUUUAUGACGCUGUGCCUGAAGACAGUGGAGUCUACAGGUGUAUAUGUGGAAACCAGAAGACCAAAGCAAUGAUAAAAAUUGUUGGUGUGGCUGCUACUUUCAAGCAAAACCUGAAGAACCAAGAAGCUUUAGAAGGAGUCAAUGUUGUACUAAGAUGUGAGCUCUCUAAAGCCGGAGUGCCUGUGGAAUGGUGGAAAGGUGAAGAACAUUUAACACCUGGUGGGAGGUAUCAGAUGAGACAAGAUGGCAAAAUAGCUGAGAUGGAAAUCACAAAUGUUCUUUCUGAUGAUGCUGGAAUAUACAGUUGUGAUGCAGGAAACCACAAAAGCUCUGCAGAGGUGAAAAUCACAGCUCUUCCGAUUACAUUCAAACGGGAGCUCCAGGAUCAGGUUUGUAAAGAAGGAGACAAGGCUGUGUUUGUCUGUGAACUGUCCAAACCUGCGGCUCCAGUAGAGUGGAGAAAAGGAAGAGUUCUUUUGAAACCAGGUAAUAAGUACAAGAUGAGGCUGGAAGGAAAGCUGACCAAAUUGGAAAUAAACAACCUGGAAGAAGGUGAUUCUGGAAACUAUGUUUGUAAAACCAAAGAUGUACAAUCGACUGCUGAACUUUCUGUACAAGCACGUCCUGCUACCUUCAAAAAUGUACUGAAGAACCAAGAAGCUCAAGAGGGAAGCAGCAUCAGCUUGCAGUGUGAACUUUCCAAAGCUGGUGCAGAUGUGGAGUGGUGGAAGGGAGUUGAAAGGUUAAGAACUGGAGAGAGGUAUCAGUUGAGAAAAAAGAAUGCAACAGCAGAAUUGAUAAUAAGAAAAGCACAAGCAGAAGAUAGUGGAGUGUACCGCUGUGUUUGUGGAGAGCAGAGUACUGAGGCACACAUCAAAGUCAAUGCUCUGCCAAUCACUUUCAAGCAAGAACUGAAGAACCAAGAAGCUGAAGAAGGGAACAAUGUCACAUUGCGUUGUGAACUCUCAAAGGCUGGUGCUCAAGUAGAGUGGUGGAAAGGAGAAGAACUGCUCAAGCCUGGGGAGAAAUAUCAGAUGAGAGAAAUGGCCACAAAAAUGGAGCUUGUCAUCAGAAAAGUGCUACCUGAAGAUAGUGGUGUCUACACUUGUGUGUGUCCAGAUCAGAAAUCAAAUGCAGUAAUUAAAAUAAAAGCUACGCCAGUGGUUUUUAAACACAACCUGAGAAACCAAGAAACGGUGGAAGGCAAGAACAUCACGUUACGUUGUGAACUUUCUAAAUCAGGAGCACUGGUGACAUGGUGGAAAGGUCAGGAGGAGCUGACUGGGGGUGAAAAAUACUACAUGAUGACCGAGGGAAAGACUGCCGAGUUGGUUAUUAGGAAUGUUUCAUGUGAGGAUGCUGGUGUAUACAGCUGCACAAUAGGAGACCAAAAGACUACCUCAGAAAUCAAAAUUCGGGCUUUACCAGUCACAUUCAAACGAGAGCUCCGUAAUGAAGUUUCCAAAGAAGGUGGAACUGCCAUGUUUAGUUGUGAGCUCUCAAAACCUGGAGCUCCAGUGGACUGGAGGAAAGGAAGAGUUAUUCUGAAAGUAGGAGAUAAAUAUGAGAUUAAGCAAGAUGGAAAAAUCAACACACUUAUCAUACAUCAUGUUGAGGAAAGUGAUGCUGGGUAUUAUUCCUGUAAAACCAAGGAUUCUGAGUCAACUGCUGAGCUUACUGUUCAGGCUACUCCAGUCACCUUCAGACAAAAUCUAAUGAGCCAGGAGGCUCCAGAAGGAGGGAUCAUAGUCCUUCACUGUGAGCUUUCUAAACCCGGGGUACCUGUGCAGUGGUGGAAAGAUGAAGAGGAGCUUAGUAAUGGAUCUAAGUAUAAGAUGAAGCAAGAUGGGUUAGUUGCUGAGUUACACAUCCGCAACGUGCUUCCAAUGGAUGUUGGGGAGUAUAGCUGUGUUGUUGGAGAUCAAAAGACAACGGCUGAAGUUAAUGUCAGGGCUGCAGCCUCUGUGUUCUUUGAGAAAGAGCUACAGGACCAGGAGGCGAUGGAAGGAAACUCUGUAGUGUUCAGUUGUUUGCUGUCAAGUCCUAAUGCACCAGUGGCUUGGAAAAAGGACUCACAGCAGAUCACACAAGGUGGCCGAUUUACAGUACACCAAAAGGGCUCAACGCAGGAGCUUGAGAUCAGGAAGCUGAGGUCUGAGGACGCUGGUGUGUACACCUGUAGCACAAGGGGCAAGACGACAUCAGCACACCUUCGAGUGAUUGACCACGUAAGAAUUGUGAGAGAGCUACAGGACCUGACAAUCACCGCAGGAGAAGAUGCCCAUUUUGUGUGCGAGCUUUCACAUAACGACAUAACUGAUGGAGUGUGGUGGCUCGACUCCACUGUUCUGCAGGAAAAUGAAAUGAACCAGAUGAGGUGUUGCGGUCGUGAACAUCACCUGACACUUACCAUGACAACCCCUGAGGAGUCUGGUAUUGUGGCCUUUGUGGUAGGAGAAGAGUGGACUUCAGCUCGUCUACGGGUGAAUAGUAAACCCAAAGUAUUGAUAGAAGAAAAAUUGAAAGACAUGGUCGUCUUUGAGGGAGAUACUGCCACGUUAUCCUGCGUUACAUCAGAUGACUGCACGCCCAUCACUUGGAAAAGAAACAAUGUCACCCUUCUGGCGGGGGAAAAGUAUGAACCUCAUAAAGAAGGGAAGCGCAACGUACUUUUAAUACAUAGAGUAGAAAAGGAUGAUACUGGGGUUUAUAUGUGUGACACAGGAGACAUGCAGAGUAUGGCUGCUCUCACUGUCAGAGAUCGUCCACUUUUCUUUCAUGAGGAACUUCAAAAUCAGCAGGUGGAGGAGGGUGAAACUGCGUUCCUGUGCUGUGAGCUGUCUAAACCAGGGGUUUUGGUGCAGUGGAAGAAGGGAGGUGCUUUGCUUAGACCAGGAAACAAGUAUCAAAUGAAGCAGGAUGGCUGUGAAGUACAACUUCAAAUCUCUGACCUGGCAGUGCAGGAUAGCGGUAUCUACAGAUGCUGUGUGGAUAGCGCUGAGACAAAAGCUAGUCUUAGUGUUAAAGAGCAACCUCUGUUCUUUCGUGAGGAACUCCAAAGUAUGGAAGCAGAAGAGGGUGAAACUGCUUUCCUGUGCUGUGAACUCUCUAAGCCUGGAGUUCAAGUGCAGUGGAAGAAGGGAACCUUCCUGCUCAGACCAGGAAUUAAAUAUGAGAUGAAGCAGAACAGUUGUGAGUUAGAGCUCCAGAUAAAUGACUUGAAAUGUGAGGACAGUGGACUCUACAAAUGUUGUGUUGGAAGUCUAGAGACAAACGCAAAUAUCCUAGUAAAAGAACAACCACUGUUCUUCUCUGAGGAGCUACAAAAUCAGCAGUUAGAGGAGGGGGAAACUGCCUUCUUGUGCUGUGAGCUUUCUAAACAUGGAGUUUCGGUGCAGUGGAAGAAAGGAGCAGUUCUGCUUAGACCAGGAGACAAGUAUGAAUUAAAGCAGGAUGGUUGUAAAUUGCAGCUUAAGAUUCAUGAUGUGAAGGGUCUGGACAGUGGAAAUUAUAAAUGCUGUGCUGGUGGUUUGGUUACUACUGCAUCUGUUGUGGUAAAAGAACAACCCCUGUUUUUCCAUGAGGAACUUCAAAAUCUGGAAGCAGUAGAGGAUGAGACCGCCUGUCUGUGCUGUAAAGUCUCUAAACCUGGAGUUUCAGUGCAGUGGAAAAAAGGAGCAGUAGUGUUGAAGCCUGGGAAUAAGUAUGAAAUGAAACAGAAUGAUUGUGAAUUUCAGCUUAAAAUCCACGACUUAACGAGUCAUGAUAGCGGUGUCUACAAGUGCUGUACAGGUGGCAUUGUGACUACAGCAUCCCUCGAAGUGAAAGACAUACCAGUAUUCUUUCAUGAGGAAUUACAAAAUGUAGAGUUGGAAGAAGGUGGGACUGCUCUGCUAUCCUGCAAGAUCUCUAAACCUGGGGUUGCAGUGCAGUGGAAGAAUGGAUCUGUCUUGCUUAGACCAGGAGACAAGUAUGACAUGAAGGAGAAUGGAUGUGACCUACAACUUCAAAUUCAUGAUCUGACAUGUGAAGACAGUGGCACUUAUAGAUGUUUUGUUGACACCACAGUGACCACAGCAGUAGUUCUUAUAAAAGAGCAACCAUUGUUCUUCUCCAAGGAGCUGAAAAAUCAAGAAGCAGAGGAAGGUGAAACCAUUUUAUUGUGCUGUGAGCUCUCAAAACCAGGGGUUUCUGUGCAGUGGAAAAAGGAAAUGAUGCUUCUGAAGCCUGGAGAAAAGUAUGAAAUGAAGCAGGAUGGAUGCAAACUGCAGCUUAAGAUUCAUGAUCUGAAAAGUUCUGAUAGUGGCUCUUACAAAUGCUGUGCUGGUAGCCUGGUCAGUACUGCAUCCAUUGUAGUGAAAGAAAAACCUUUGUUCUUCUGCAAGGAGCUACAUAAUCUGGAGGUAGAAGAAGGUAAAACUGCCUUGCUGUGCUGUGAGCUUUCAAACCCUGGUGUUGCAGUGCAGUGGAAAAAAGGAGCUCUUCUGCUGAAACCUGGAGAAAAGUAUGAAAUACAGCAGGAUGGAUGCAAACUGCAGCUGACAAUUUGUGAUCUAAAGAGUUCUGAUAGUGGCUCCUACAAAUGCUGUGCUGGAAGCUUGGUCACUACAGCAUCUAUUGCAGUAAAAGAAAAUCCUUUGUUUUUCUGUAAGGACCUUCAAAAUCUGGAGGUAGAAGAAGGUAAAACUGCCUUGCUGUGCUGUGAGCUCUCAAAACCUGGAGUUGCAGUGCAAUGGAAGAAAGGAGCACUUCUUCUGAAGCCUGAAGAGAAGUAUGAAAUGAAGCAGAGUGAAUGUGAAAUGCAACUUAAAAUCCAUGAUCUAAAAAGUUCUGAUAGUGGCUCCUACAAAUGCUGUGCUGGCAGCCUGGUCAGUACUUCAUCCAUUGUAGUGAAAGAAAAACCUUUGUUCUUCUGCAAGGAGAUACAAAAUCUGGAGGUAGAAGAAAGUAAAACUGCCUUGCUGUGCUGUGAGCUUUCAAACCCUGGUGUUACAGUGCAGUGGAAGAAAGGAGCUCUUCUGCUGACACCUGGAGAAAAGUAUGAAAUAAAGCAGGAUGGAUGCAAACUGCAGCUGACGAUUCGUGAUCUAAAGCGUUCUGAUAGUGGCUCCUACAAAUGCUGUGCUGGCAGCCUGGUCACUACAGCAUCUAUUGUGGUGAAAGAAAAACCUUUGUUCUUCUGCAAGGAGCUUCAAAAUCUGGAGGUAGAAGAGGGAAAAACUGCUUUGCUGUGCUGUGAGCUCUCAAAACCUGGAGUUGAAGUGCAGUGGAAGAAAGAAGGACUUCUUCUGAAGCCUGGAGGGAAGUAUGAUAUGAAGCAGGAGGGAUGUGAACUGCAACUUACGAUCCAUGAUCUAAGAAGUUCUGACAGUGGCUCCUAUAAAUGCUGUACUGGUAGUCUGGUAACCACAGCAUCUAUCGGGGUGAAAGAAAAACCUUUGUUCUUCUGCAAGGAGCUUCAAAAUCUAGAGGUGGAAGAGGGUAAAAUUGCCUGGUUGUGCUGUGAACUCUCAAAACCUGGAAUUUCUGUGCAGUGGAAGAAAGGAGCUCUUCUUUUAAAACCUGGAGAGAAGUAUGAAAUGAAGCAGGAUGGAUGUGAACUACAGCUUAUGAUCCAUGAUCUGAGGAGUUCUGAUAGUGGCUCCUACAAAUGCUGUGCUGGCAGCCUGAUCACUACAGCAUCUAUCAGGGUGAAAGAAAAACCAUUGUUCUUCUGCAAGGAGAUACAAAAUCUGGAGGUAGAAGAAGGUAAAACUGCCUUGUUGUGCUGUGAGCUUUCAAAACCUGGAACUUCUGUGGUGUGGAAGAAAGGAGCUCUUCUUCUGAAGCCUGGAGAGAAGUAUGAAAUGAAGCAGAAUGGAUGUGAACUGCAGCUUAUGAUCCACGAUCUGAGGAGUUCUGAUAGUGGCUCCUACAAAUGUUGUGCUGGCAGUCUGAUCAAUGAAGCAUUGAUUUUGGUGAAAGAAAAACCUUUGUUCUUCUGCAAGGAGCUUCAAAAUCUGGAGGUAGAAGAAGGUAAAACUGCUGAGCUGUACUGUGAGCUCUCAAAACCUGGAAUUAUUGUGCGAUGGAACAAGGAAACAAUGCUGCUUAGACCAGGAAACAAGUAUGAAAUUAAACAAGAUGGCUGUGGCCAUCAUCUUAGGAUCUAUGACUUGAAGAAUCAAGACAGUGGGAGCUACAAAUGUUGUGCUGGUGGUUUAGUGACAACAGCAUUUAUCACAGUCAGAGAACUUCCAUUAUUUUUCUCUAAGGAGCUUGAAAGUCAAGAGGUAGAGGAAGGCAGAACUGUGAUGCUGUGCUGUGAGCUCUCUAAACCUGGAGCUACAGUGCAGUGGAAGAAAGACACAGUUCUGCUAAGGCCUGGAAAUAAGUAUGAGAUGAAACAAAAUGGACCACUUCCAAUCAAACCUAAGGACAUCCCUCAGGUACCACCACGUGCAAAGGGCAAGAGAUCCCAGCAAGGUCCUAUGCUAGAUGGACAAAGCGAUUUUGUUGAAUCAGAAAUGUCACCUGUAAGGCAGCCACCUGCAAGUACUACACUAGAGCAAUGCCAGGAUGACCACUUGGACCAUAGUGUAAAGAGAACAGAGGAGCAAGUCUUUGAGAAGAAGACAUUUAUGGAGGAAAUGGUGAAGGAAAAUAAAAGAUUCCCUGUGAAGGAUGAGGUGAGGGUGGAUAUAAAGAAAUCCACUCCUUUUCUUGAUGAUCAUGUUACUGCAGAGCAGAGUAAAAGUGCAGAGAAGACUGCAGUUACAACUACAGCAGACAUUGCUAGCAAGCAAAAUCGAGACAAGAUAAAGGAUAUACCAGUGUGCAGAUAUAGCACAGAGCAGGAAAGUGAGACUCGAGGCAAAAUUUUACCACUAGCACCACCUCACCACAAGGAAAAUGUCACCCAGCCACAGGCUGUUCUUCAAGGGCAAGGGCCAAAGACACAGGUUUUGGUCAAGGACCCAUUUGAAGAAGCAACUUUCAGAGUUUCCUCAGAUACUGAGAGUCAGUUCCUGGAUUUCAGAGAUAAAAUGACCAAAGAGAACUAUACCACGAAGGAAACAUCAUUAAGGGCAGAAGCAAAAGAAAAGAAACCACAUGUGCAUGGUGAAACAUUUGUAGCACCUGAAAAGAUUCAAUCCUUGAGUGAAGCAAAGGAACAUCUUCCAGAGGAAGCAUUAAGUGAGCAUGUUAUGUAUCAGGAAUACAAGAAGCAACAUGUCAGUAUAGAAAAAACAUCAGAGCUUUCUAUUAAAUUAGAACUGCAGCAGAAAGCAGAGUCAGUUGUAGACAUGGGUUUUACAGAUCAGACAAGUGUGAAGCAAUGGAAAGAGGCCCCAGAACCUUCAACAAUUCAAUCUCAAGGAAAGGUAGCAGCUCCGACCAAGAUAGAGGGUCUGGUUGGUGGUGCUGUCAACCAUAAAUCUUGGGAAAAGAACACCAAGGCUUGUGAAACUGCAGAGCUGACAAAGAACACUAACCCUCCAGAACAGCAUACUCAAGAACCCUCUAGUAUAGACGUAAGUCAAGAGGAUGAGACAGAAAUGCUAGAGGCAGCUGUCAAGAUCCAAGCUGCUUUCAAGCGUUACAAGGCUCGAAAGGAUAUGCGACCUGUUUUCAAGGGAGUGUUCAAGACCCAGAAUGUAGAGCUGAGUAAUACAAUUUGUCUGGAGUGUAUCGUUGAGGGUAAACCCAGCACAGUACGGUGGCUGAAGGACGGUGUUGAGAUAAAGUCUGGGAAGCACCACAACAUCAGCCACCAUGAAGAUGGCAGGUGCAUGCUGGUUAUAGCUAAUGCAAGUUUCAAAGAUGCAGGGAUCUAUACUUGUGAAGUUGCCAACAAGUUUGGUACUAUUAGUUACAACGGGAAUGUGACAGUCAGUCAUCCAAAGAAGUGUAUGAACGAAACUGGACAGCCAGCAGCAACAGAACCGACUCCUGGAAAAGAAGUUGGGCAGAUCUCUAGUAAGGAAGAGGACACACUUAAGCUCAUCUACGAUCUGCCUACAGAUGACACCUACAGAAAAAUUCAGGAGAAAAGGAAAAGUCUCGUUUCAGUUAGUCCUUCAUCCUGUCUUUCAGAUUAUGACACUGCCCCUGAUGUGGAUACAGGCUACUUAUCCAAAGAAAAAGUAGUGGAACAGACAAAAUCCAAAAUGAAGCUGUCUAAAGGUUUAGAAGAGAAAAAGAACAUCAGCCCUCAACCACAAAAAAUCAGUGGACAGUUAAAAGUAAAAGAAGAAAAGUCAGUCAGUAAAACUCCAUCCCCUAAAUGCCUUCAAAGCCUCAAGACCUCUUCCAACGUAGAGUCUCUCUCCGAGUCCGAUGAGGAUGAUGAAAGAGAGGAGACAUUUGACAUCUACGUGGCCAUAGUGGACUGUCACCCAAUUGGAGGCAAUAAAGAGACCUUUCUCCUUAAGGAAGGCCAGUUUGUUGAGGUCCUGGAUUCUGUUCAUCCUGUGAAGUGGCUUAUCCGUACUAAGCCAAGCAAAAACACCCCAUCCCGACAAGGAUGGUUAUCUCCAGCAUACCUCGAGAAAAAGACAAAGGAAUUACUUUCUCUGGUGAAAGAAUCAGAGACAAAAGACACUUCCAGAAAAGGAAGAAAAACGCCCUCUAAAGAGGAAUAUAAUGAGGCAUCAAGUCGGUUGAUCAGAGGUCUGCUCGAUGGAGAAAAUGAGUUUGUAAGGGAAAUGAAUUUCUUUGUGGAGCACCAUUUACAGCAUGUAGAGACAAGCUCCAAGGUUCCGCUCACGAUCCAUAGCCAGAAAGAGUACAUUUUCUGCAACAUAAAGGACAUCACAAGCUUCCAUGAAUGUUGUAUUUUACCAAAGCUAAGCCAGUGCACCACAGAUGACGAUGUGGCUCAGUGUUUUGUAAAUUAUGCCCCAGACUUUGAGAUGUAUCUUCAGUACAUUACAGGCCAGCCUCAAGCUCAGGCCUGCAUCUCAGACAAACACACACAACACUUCUUUAAGCAAUAUGCCAACACUGCAUUUGCACAUCUGGAUACUCAAGUCUUUAGUGUCAGCACAUAUCUGGAGAGACCUUUGAAGAGGCUUCAAUCGUACCAAACCCUGUUCAAGGAGUUGAUAAGGAACAAAGCAAAGAGUGGUCAGAGCUGUUACCUACUCCAAGAUGCUUUUUCCAUGGUGUCCAGCUUGCCUUGGCGUGCAGAGAACAUGCAGCAUGCGUCCCUGAUUGAGAACUAUCCUGCACCUCUCAAAGCGCUUGGGGAACCAGUCCGACAGGGUUCCUUUGUGGUAUGGGAGGAAGCACCGGGGACUAAAGUUUCACUCAGAGGUCAUCAUCGCCAUGUCUUCCUGUAUAAAGAUUGUAUAGUCUUCUGCAAAACCAAAAGAGAUCUGAGCACCCAGUCCAUACUGUAUGUCUUCAGAAACAAGAUGAAGCUGAGCGAUGUCGAUUUGAAGGACACAGUCGAAGGGGAUGACCGAUCCUGGGGUAUCUGGCACGAGCAUCGAGGUACAAUCCGAAAAGUCACACUUCAAGCUCAUUCAGUGCUCACCCGCUUGUCCUGGCUCAAAGACCUUCAAGAUUUGCAACAGCGCAGCAAACUUCCAUGGAGUGCACCAUGCUUCGAGCUGACCCUUACCGAUUCUAUAGUCAAACUCGGACAGACCAUAAAACUCAUUUGCAAUGUGACGGGAAUCCCGAAACCGGUGGUUACUUGGUACAAAGACGGUGCUGCUCUGAAGGACCACCAGCAUCACAUUAUCUCAGAGGGAAACCAUGGGGCUUGCUAUUUGGUUCUGACUUCUGUGUCCAUGGACGAUUCUGGUCAGUACAUGUGUUAUGCAACAAACCCCAUGGGGAACGCUAGCACCCUGGCCAAGAUCCUUGUGGAUGUUCCUCCCAGUUUCACGAGUAGACUUCAAAACACCCAGCUGGCGAUAGGGAAGGAUGUGAAGCUGCAGUGUAAAGGAGGAUGUAUUCCUGUACCUGCUGUCAGGUGGUUUAAGGACGGCGCACAGCUGGAGAAAGGCAAGAAAUACCAAAUCGACAGUGAUACACAGACUGGAGUCCUUUUACUGGUUAUAAGGAAAGCAGAAGAGACAGAUGUGGGACAAUAUGAGUGUGAGAUAAUGAAUCAGAUGGGCAGUGCUAAGUGCAAAGCUCAGGUGUACUACACACCACCCCCUGCGGCAGACCACCCCAAAGACCAACCUCAAGUCACCUCAGCUCCAGGUAUGAGGGUCCACAUAGAACAAGGUCAGAUUCACACUGCUUUGAGGCCCCUGAUUAUGUCUUUCUUGGGCAUAGCUCCAGAUUCAGAAGGUUGGUCCAGUGCUUUGGUAAAGAACCUCUUCCAGAUGUUCUUUCAGUCUGGACCUUCCAACCAAUCUGCACAUAGUACAGAUACACAGAAGGAAUAUGAGGAACAAUCGGACAUCCCAGAGGAGCAGUAUGAAGAGACUCGAGUGUCAAGAACAGAGGACAACAAUUAUUCAGAUCCUCCAGUGGUGCAGGUCGACAUGGAAGAUCUGAGUGUACGGCCUGGGAAACCUGCAACUUUUUCUGUGGUUAUUACCGGGCAGCCAAUCCCAGAGGUCAGAUGGUUCAAGGACGGUGUUGAGCUCAUCACUGGUGAACACGUGGAAAUAAAGCAGAGUGGUGCUCGCUUUUCUCUCACUUUACUGAGCGUGUACUUUUCUGAUUGUGGAACUUAUACUUGUACAGCCAAAAACAGCUCAGGCCACACUUCCUGCCAUGCCCACCUCACCAUGGUUACAGGUCCAGUGGAGUUUGAGGAGGAUGAAGAGGAUGAAGAGGAGGACCGAGGGUUGGAGGUGGGCCGAAGGAGGAAACUCCAUGCUGUUUAUGACAUCCAUGAGGAGAUUGGCAGAGGCACGUUUGGGGUGGUGAAGCGAGUUGCACACAGGGCGAGCGCUGAGGUUUUUGCUGCCAAGUUCAUCCCGCUGAAGAGCAGCACUCGCACCCGAGCCAUUCAGGAGAGAGACCUGCUGUCCCGGCUCGCGCACUGCAGGGUGGCCUGCCUGCUCGACUUCUUCAGCACACGCCGUACCCUCGUCCUCAUCACCGAGCUCUGCUCCUCUCAGGGAUUACUGGAUCACUUGUUACUGAAAGGAUCAGUCAGUGAAAAAGAGGUCCGGGUUUACAUUCAGCAAAUUCUGGAAGGGGUUGGAUAUAUUCACAGUAUGAACAUCUUGCAUCUCGACAUUAAAACAGACAACAUCUUGAUGGUUUCCCCGGAUGGAGACGACUUAAAAAUCUGUGACUUUGGCUUCUGUCAGGAGAUCGACCCUUCCAGGCAUCAGUACAGCAUCUUUGGGACUCCUGAAUUUGUGGCACCGGAAAUCGUUCACCAGGAACCAGUGACGACAGCAACUGAUAUCUGGUCUGUUGGUGUUGUUGCUUAUUUAUGUCUGACUGGACACUGCCCCUUUUUUGGGGAAAAUGACCGUGCCACGCUGCUGAAGGUGGCUGAAGGUCUCCUGUAUUGGAACCUCCCAGAGAUCACCAGUUUGAGCGAACAAGCCAAGGAUUUUCUCCGUGGAGUUCUACAGCCAGACCCGGAGAUGAGACCAUCAGCAUUGGAAUGCCUGAAUGGCGAGUGGUUUCAGGGUUUAUAUGAAGAGAAGCAGUUUGACAUGAUUGAUACAAAGAGUUUAAAAUCCUUUAUUUCUAGAAGAAAGUGGCAGCGCUCUCUAACAUGUCUUGGCUCAGUCCUGACCCUGAGGUCGAUCCCGAACCUGCUGGAUGCUCCACUAUGCGAGGUCUCCAUCACUACCCUGAGAGACCCUCGAAAUACCAGCAGCACCUCCGUGAGCACUGGUUCCUCCUCUGAGUAUGACGAAGCUGAUGCCUGGGGCUUCUUCCAGAACCCUAGCCAGGAGGAAGAUGAUGACACAGAGGAAGAUGGUAUGGAACAUUAUCCGUAUGCUGAUCUUCCUAAACGAUCCUUCGCUCUAAGAAGAGAUGAGGAGGAUGUAAUAUUGGGUCAAGAGCGAGAGCGGAGGGGUGCACUGAUGAUUCCUAUAAGUGACCCACCCAGAGAGAUGCCCUCACCUUCUCCUGAGCUGGUGAAUAGGGAGAGAAAAGAAGAUAGUAAGGUGACCAGUGCAACACCAAUCCCCCGUGAUAGUUUGAUCAAGAGCACCUUCUACAACAGUGAUGAACAGCUCUCACCCAUGUCCGCUCGACACAUGAUGCUUCGGGACAAACUCCAAGCCAGGAAACAAGAUAGAGGGCGCAGAACGCUACGCUCCAGCCUGUCUGGACGGUUAAAUGAACCACUUAUAGAGUAUGUAGAGGAUUCUCCAGAUGUGGAAUCUGGCCUUAGACAUAGGCGAGGGUCCACACUUUUGUCCAAGUCUUGUUCUUUGGACAGAGGGGUGAGUCCCAUCCAUCCAAGCUCCCGCACUCAAUGGAGGAGUAGGUCAUUGGAUGAAUACACAGGAAUCUCAGCAACUUCUAUGGAGCACAGGACACUGAGAGAUAAUGCUGAAGAUCUAGAGCUCAACCGUAAUAACGUGUUCACAGAUGAGGAGGAAGAUGAAGCCUUAGAGGUUCCUUUAAAUAGUGUAUCACACAGUCAAUCACAGUCUCACAAGAUUACCAUGGAGGAGCUGCCAGUAAUCAAGGGGUCUCACAUAGAUGACAGCCAGUCACCCCCUGGAGAGGAGAAGCCAGCAGCCAUGGGUAAAGAAGAAAAUGUAGCAGGUUCACAGCUGUCUCUUGCAGAGUCCUGUGACCUUGAACAUGACUCAGAUUCUUCCAGCAAAACCAGCACUUACAUUGGACAGCAGUCUCCCAGCAACCUCAUUUCACAGAGACGCCAUCGAGCAUAUGAUGAAUCAGAGGAGCACUUGGUUGCACCGUCAUCAGGAAAAGCAUCAGAGCUCUCUCUUACACAGGACUCUGAGGAUGAGGACAUGGAGAGAGUUCUCAGGAACCUUCGCCAAGCACCACUGCAACAGCAUGCACACAGCACAACAAUGAGCAAGAACAAUGUCACACUGAGGCGAAGUUCCUCCGCAGUUCCCAUACGCCCAGCAUCGGCGACCCCAGUGAGCCGAGAGGUGCUUCAGAGGCACUCAUCAGCUCCAGCUCUGGAGCUCAAACCCCCGAGUGGGAAGUCCAAAUCUGGACUCAUGAAAAUCUUCCGCAGAAAGUCCUGGACUCCAGAACCCUCUGGCUCCCAGACACAGGAAUCUGAAAAGAAGGUUGAGUAUGGCUCAAGUCCACAGCAGAAGACCCCUCUCUUGACCUUGAGGAAGAAGAUGAGGGCUUCGGCCUCCAGCAUCACCAAGCUGUUCACCAGGCAGUCCAGUAAAGAGGGCAAGGAAGAAAAAAGGGGGCCCAUUGUGAAGAAUCCAGUUCCUCCAGAGAAAGCAUCUGUCACUUCAGAAUUUUAUCCAUCAGCUCCCUUUUCAGGAAGCCCUCAGAAAAAGCCAAAGUUCUUCUCUCUCAAAAUGCCAACCUUUAAAAAGAGCAAAGGAAUGCCAGCCCGACCAUCCAAACCAGACGUGAUCCAGCUGGCUAGCGGUGGAGCUCUGGUUUUCUGGAAGCCAGUGCGAUGCACUGAUCCUGUCACAUACUGCAUACAGUAUAGCCUCAAAGGUGACGAGUGGACAAUUUUGUCAGAGAAUGUUACAGAUAGUUGCUACAUAGCUAAUGCUUUACCUAGAGGACCCAGCUAUGUGUUCCGUGUAGCCUGCAUCACCAAAACAGGACCAGGACCUUUCAGUGAUCCUUCCCCACCUGCUUUUAUGACAAUGCCAGUUGAAGACUCUCACAUUCCUCUGAUCCUGACGGAAUCUACUGGAUCCAAGAUCACUGUGCCAGGAGGGCUUGGCUCAGAGAGGUCCUACAGCUUCCUGUCUGAGAUCAACAGGGGUCGUUUCAGUGUGGUGACAUGGUGUGAGGACAGCAGGAGCUCGCAGCCUCUGGUGGCUAAGCUGACUCCGUACGGCCCUGAGCAGAGGCAGCUAGUGCUGAGGGAGUAUCAGGUGUUGCGCAGGCUGUGCCACCCGAAUCUCGUCCAGCUCCAUAGAGCCAUCCUCAUGCCCUCCUGCCUGGUGCUCAUUGAGGAACUCUGCUCUGGACGAGAACUCCUACACAGCCUGGCUGAGAGGGACGUGUAUUCGGAGAUGCAUGUGUGUGAGCUGUUAAGGCAGCUCCUGAGUGGUGUGGAUUACCUGCAUGGACGCCGCAUUGUCCACCUCGACCUCCGCUCAGAUAAUGUGCUAGUGACUGACUGCAACGUGGUGAAGAUCGUGGACCUGGGCUCCGCGCAGCCCUUCACUCCAGGCCACGCCCUCAACAUCGAGCACAUCAAAGAGAUGACAGAGAGCAAAGUUUACAUUGUACUUCCUAAAGCUCCUGAGAUCUUGCAAGGUCACGGUGUCGGACCCGCCACGGAUAUCUGGGCUCUCGGUGUUCUGGCGUUUAUUAUGCUGAGCGCCGACAGUCCGUUCCACUCAGAUCACCACUGGGAAAGAGAUCGCAAUGUCAGGAAGGGUAAGAUCCAGUUCAGCCGCUGCUAUCCCGGCCUUUCGGAGGGAGCCAUCAACUUCCUGAGGAUCACGCUGAGCAGCAAGGCCUGGGGAAGGCCGUCGGCCGCAGCGUGUCUCCAGAACCCGUGGUUACGAGAAGAACGAGGAGAAGCGUCCGAGCACGUGGCCUCCAUGUUCUGCUUCUCCACUGACAAACUGCAGGCCUUCCUGAAAGAGCGCCAGGCGAAACGCGACCGCUCUCGCACCAAACUCACGCUGCCACUCAGCUAACCUUACAGCGUUGAACACCUCGGAGUUUCUGACUGGGACAGAGGAAGGACAGCUGACCACAAGACCUGAAAUUCUUAUGAUUAACAAAACAAGCGUAAGAAAUUAUUAGCAAAAGAUCUUAUCCUUAUUAGCGAAUUAUUAGCAAAAGACCUCUUUCUUAGCAUGACAUUAAGUGCUUAUUAAUCUAAAGCUAGUGUGACACUCCAGCACUUGAAUGAAAAUUUUAAAGUAUUUUAUUUGACUGAACAAGCUGCGAGAAUGACUUCCUGAAAUGUUUAACGAUCAACGUGACGGAAAAUGAAAAACUGUAGCUACGUUAAUGCAGCUCGUCCUCUAACGCGUCGUAGAAACUGAUCUGAUCUUUGUUUUCUGUAAGCAGACAAAAACUCUAGGAGGAUGUAAAGGGAGUGUGUUAGACCUCAUCACACACACACUGUGAGAAAUUGAUGCUCACACCACAGUGAGCGCUCACAUCAUCGCGGCUCGUCUGCAGCUCGUUUGAUAACAAGUUUUUAAGCCACCACGCAGAUUUAUUACAUAUUAAAUAUUAAAUUACAGAUUUGCUUAACAUCAAGGUUUUUAUUUACAUUUAUUUUGAUCAUUUGUGUUUACAUACCUACACUAGACAUUAGAGUGAUUGGUUUUACUUAAUGAAGAGCUAUUCAGUGUGAUACAGAUGUGACCAGGACUGCAGUAAAUCUGUCUUAAACUUCUUCUGCUCUUGUGUGAACGUAACUGCAUUAUUAAUGGCAUAAAAAUGACGAUUAUGGCAACUUCGCAUAAUUUAAGUUGCUCUCUCUCUCUCUCUUGUUUCAUCUGUGAUUCGACGCUAUAUCAGGCACGAUAUUUUUAUUUUUUAGAUUCUCAUGUGGUUGAAUUACUUUAUUAAUAUUUAUUUAUCUUGUUUUGGAAUGAUGUUUGAUUUUCCAGAUUUCGGAGACAUGCACGCAGUUUGUUUUCUCUUUCAGGUAACAAGAUGAUCUCUGACUGUAACUAAAGAAAUAAAGUUAAUAGUCUGUCUGAUAUCACUGGCAAUAGUUGUUUAUAGUUGUUGUUUCUAUGAACUUUAUAGCUAGCUGCAUUUAUUAAACCUUAAACACAAACACACACACACGUGAAACUGACCCGGCUAAAUAAU